AUGCCCACAAUCGCCUUCCUGGCCUUGCCAGCCGAGAUUCGCAUCCACAUCUACAACCACAUCUCGCCAGUCAACACCUCUUUCGCCUCAUAUUCCGGUUUCUUGCAAACAUGUCACCUCAUCCGCAAAGAAUGGAAGCACGAAGCAAAGAAACACAUAUCCAAAGAAUACACCCAACUCCAAACUUUCCUCGCCAUCCACAACAUACGCAUCCUCACGUCCGCCCGCGAUUCAUCCCAAAGAUCAAAGAUCGUACUCCGCCUCCCAUCACUGGACCCCACGGCAAGUACCAUCAAUCUGCCGAAUUUCAUUCCCUGGCACUGGUCCUGGAUUACCACCGUCAUCGUCAACUUUAGUAACAACUGGCCGCGGAAUUACAGGUCGCAACUUGCCAUAGUACGACAAGUUGUGCGAGAAGACAAAUCGGUCUAG